AUGGUUGAAAGUAAGACGCACAGCUCUUUCUUUGCUGGAUACCAAAGGAAAAUGUAUCCCGUUGGCACAUAUCUUCCUAGUUAUUCUUGUUAUUCCAAUCAUGGUGGAUACCAGAGACCAAGUCAUGGAGGAUUAAUUAAAUCACAUGGACGUCCACAUUCUUCAAUUCCAGGAGGACCUCAUAUGUCACAUUAUGGAGAUUCCCAUGUCAACCAUAAAGUAGCUGCCUAUAUUUUUCAUCAUGGAAGGUUAAAUACUUUGCACCAUGUUGGGCCCUAUGAUCUUACAAAAGGUUAUGGAGAUCCAAAGACGAACAGAGUAAGUCAAGGCCAUCGAGAAGAUAUUCACAGUCAUAAAAAGACUUCUGGGGGCCAUGGAUUUUUGAAUAAUCAUACUACACUUAAUGAAAAAGGGGCAAUGCGACUUCUGAAUGACAGGUUGUCCUCUUAUUUGGGGGAGAUAUGUUCUCUAGAACAGGAGAAUGAACGACUCAAGAAGAUGAUUAGUGAAUGGCAAAGAAAUAACUCCCCUAUCAUAACCACAGACCAAAGCCAAUACUCAAGCGAUAUCAGAGAGCUCCAGAAUAAGAUCUCAUCAAAAAUCACAGGAAAUGCCGCCAUUGUCUUACAAAUCAACAAUGCUAGAACGGCUUUUGAUGACUUUAAUAAAAACCUGGACUGUAAGAAGUUAAGUGCUAAUGCAGAGCAUCCACACUUCAGUGGGCCAUACAGUAACCGUUGGUAUGAGAUGGAGCAUAAUGUGAGACAUAAUAUUGAGGCCGAUGUGAAGACUCUGCACCGCAUUGGGGAAGAGUGUAAAGAUGAAACAGGUAAACUGGAAUCUGAGGUCGAAAUCCUUGAACAAGAGCUAUUGAAGAUGAAGAAGAAAAGUGAGCAGGAGAUCAACUCUUUGACUAUUCAACUUGGCCCCAGAGUCAGUGUGGAGGUGGAAGCAGCCAAAUCCAAACAUUUAACCAAAGCAUUGUCUGACAUCCGGGAGCAGUAUGAAAAUAUCAUUGAGAACAACCAGAGAGAAGCUGAGAGUCUGUUCUUCCACACGGUUAAAAAGCUCAAUCCUCAAGUUGCCACCAGCUCCAUGGGGCACAAAUCUGUCCAGUCUACUAUAAUCCGCUUGAAGUCCUCUGUACAAAUCAUGGAAGUCAAUUUGCAAUAUGAACAGAACAUGAUAACAGUCCUACAGGGAAUCCUAGCAGAGAAAAAAGAUCACUAUUCGGCAGAGGUAAUGCAAAGGCAGAACUCUAUUAACACUGUCGAAGACCAACUACAGCGAAUUCGGCCUUAUCUACGAGACCUCUACGAGACAAAUACAUUUUUCAGCAAGCACAAUAUGCGUCCUGAAAUAAUCACUUACCAACAACUUAUGGAUGAAUAA